AUGACAUCUUCUUCGCAGUUCAAGCAAUUGGAAAAAUUGGGGAAUGGUACUUAUGCUACCGUUUACAAGGGAUUAAAUAAAACUACUGGGGUAUAUGUGGCGUUGAAAGAGGUUAAAUUGGACUCUGAAGAAGGUACGCCAUCAACGGCCAUUCGUGAGAUCUCGUUGAUGAAAGAGCUUAAACAUGAAAAUAUCGUUCGACUAUAUGAUGUUAUCCAUACCGAGAACAAGUUGACAUUGGUCUUUGAAUAUAUGGAUAAUGAUCUUAAGAAAUAUAUGGACUCCCGCACUGUGGGAAAUAAUCCGCAGGGGCUGGAACUAAGCCUUGUAAAAUAUUUCCACUGGCAACUGCUGGAAGGUGUGUCUUUUUGCCAUGAAAGUAAGAUCCUACAUCGUGAUUUGAAACCACAGAAUUUGUUGAUCAAUAAUAAAGGACAAUUGAAGCUUGGUGAUUUUGGUCUGGCUCGUGCCUUUGGUAUCCCGGUGAAUACUUUCUCUAGUGAAGUAGUAACGUUGUGGUAUAGAGCGCCAGAUGUGCUUAUGGGUUCAAGAACGUAUUCCACAUCGAUUGAUAUGUGGUCCUGUGGAUGUAUUUUGGCAGAAAUGAUAACGGGGAAGCCAUUGUUUCCUGGUACCAAUGACGAGGAACAAUUGAAAUUGAUUUUUGAGAUAAUGGGGACACCAAACGAAUCUACAUGGUCGGGUGUUUCUUCGCUGCCUAAGUAUAAUCCAAAUUUCUCACAAAAACUACCCAGGGAUUUGAGGACAAUUUUGCAACCGCAUACGAAGGAACCACUGGACGACAACUUAAUUAACCUCCUGCAUGGUCUUUUACAAUUGAACCCUGAUAUGAGACUUAGUGCUAAGCAGGCUCUGCAUCAUCCAUGGUUCGCAGAAUAUUACCAACAUCCGUAA